AUGCUAGGUUAUUCACUUUGCCCCGUCAGUGAAUCUUGGAAACAGGCUCUGUCAACGAGUUUGUACCCAAGUGUUUGUUGUGCUGAAUGGAAUGAUAUUCCUAACAUCCUCCCAGACCUUGGUGGGAAGAGUUGUAUUAUCCUCAUGUCAAUGUUACGCUUUGAGACGUUUUUUAUCCACCACCCCUGCCCUCGCUGGAGAAGGAAAAAUGUCUGGUGUCAGCAAGAUUUUUGCUCGUGAAAUAUUUGACAGCCGUGGAAACCCUAGUGUUGAGGUUGAUAUCACAACAUCAAAAGCCAAGCUGGGUGCAAAUGCAAUCCUGGGAGUCUCACUGGCAAUUUGCAAAGCAGGAGCAGUACACAAGGGGGUACCUCUGUAUAAGCAUAUUGCAGACCUGGCAGGCAACAAGGAGGUGAUUCUUCCUGUUCCAGCAUUUAAUGUUAUCAAUGGAGGAAGUCAUGCUGGGAAUAAACUUGCCAUGCAGGAAUUUAUGCUGUUGCCAACAGGGGCCAGUAAUUUUAAGGAAGCAAUGAGAAUGGGUGCAGAAAUCUAUCAGAACCUGAAAAGUGUGGUGAAGAAAAGAUAUGGAAUUGAUGCCGUUAAUGUUGGUGACGAAGGAGGCUUUGCUCCAAACAUUCAGGAUAACAGAGAAGGUCUUGAGUUGCUCAAUGUUGCCAUUGCCCAAGCUGGUUACACUGGUAAGAUCAAAAUCGGCAUGGAUGUUGCUGCAUCAGAAUUCUACAAGGAGGGAAAAUAUGAUUUGGACUUCAAGAACCCAGAAUCUGAUCCCUCAAAAUGGAUAACUGGUGAAGAGUUGUGCAGUAUGUAUGAAGAUUUUAUUGCCAAAUAUCCAGUUGUGUCUAUUGAAGAUGCAUUUGACCAGGAUGAUUGGGAGCAUUGGAGUCAGUUGACAGGAAAAGUAGGCAUUCAAAUUGUUGGGGAUGACUUGACAGUGACAAACCCAAAACGCAUCAAAAUGGCUGUGGAGAAAAAAGCCUGCAACUGCCUUUUGCUGAAAGUGAACCAGAUUGGUUCUGUCACAGAAUCCAUUGAGGCGUGCAAGCUUGCUCAGCAAAAUGGCUGGGGUGUUAUGGUGAGUCAUCGCAGUGGAGAGACAGAAGAUACUUUUAUUGCUGAUUUGGUUGUGGGUCUGUGCGCAGGACAGAUCAAGACAGGGGCUCCAUGUAGGUCUGAGCGAUUGGCCAAAUACAACCAGCUUCUCAGAAUUGAGGAGGAACUAGGAGCUGGUGCCAAGUACGCUGGAGAGAAAUUUCGCAAACCUCUGGAAUGAACCAAAAGGCAGGAUGAGAGCAAAUGAAGUGGGAAUUGUGAAGCUCUGUCAAGAUGGCUUGCCAAUGGCUGGAAUGAUAAAUGUGGUAGACAAUGUGUCAAAUGACAAGCAUUUUAAAUAAAGUUAAAAGAAGAGAAAACACAACAAAUAAAAUGUGUUCUGUACUGUUA